AGAAGAUCAGAAACGAGAAUGGGAAAUGCUAUUGCAACAACGAAUAUUACGAAGUCGUGCGAAAUUUUCACCCAGAUUUACAACCAUCCCAGUUGCGGUAUUUAUCGAUGGACGUACACAGGUGAUGAAGAAGAAAAUUGGCAUGUCACAAACAACAAAUGAAAUUUUGCGCGAACUUGUUAAUGAGUUAGCUAUACCAGUGGAGGAAGAAGUUGAGUUAUCAUUUGAUGCUGGUAACGGAGAUGGUAUUAGCACAUUGCAAGGACCGGAAUGUGUUUUUUGUAUUGUGAUGGAACAUGUUAAGAAUACUGGUUAUCGGUUAUCUGAGAUACAACUGGAAAAGAUUGAUGCUGUGCCGUUGAUACAAUGCCGCUUAGUGUUGGCUUCCGCUGGCAAUAAUUAUUCAUCGACAUCUUCCAUUGUUUCUCAUUUUAAGCGUGUAUUAAGUCGAUCAGAAUCUCGGCGUUUCUUUGGACGACCACUGGAGGGUUCAUCGCCACCUCAACCAGUGUUAACGAUGAUUGACCAUUUAAUGCUUCACGGAGUGGACGUCGAAGGUUUGUUUCGGAAAUCACCCAAACAGAGUACUGUACGCAUGUUACGAGCGCAACUUGAUCGUGGUUCAGUACCGGAUUUCUAUCAGUUUAAUCCACAUGUCACUGCUGCUCUUCUCAAGGAAUAUCUCCGAGAAAUCCCGGGAAAGUUACUCCUAUCGGGUAAUUUCGAGCUAUGGGCAGCAGCAAUGGAGCAAACAUUGGAUUGCCAAAAAGCAAUACGCAAAUUGUUGUAUAUGUUACCUUCUGCACAUUCCGCGCUUCUCUCCAAAUUUCUUCGAUUACUUCGAGCAAUUGCAAAUUCUCCACAAUCAAAAAUGACUGCUCAAUCAUUGGCUGUUUGUAUCGCACCAAGUCUUCUUGAUAAUCCAAAAGGAGAUUCUGCUACAAGUUGGCUACCGGAUUUGGCGGAAUAUCUUAUUGUCAAUGCACCAUUCCUUCUCGAACCAUUCAAGGAUGUUCAGCUUGCUAUCUCAUCAUCUGUUUCCAAUGAUUCCGGAUUAUCGGAUGUCGAUUUAUGCUUCGAAACAUCGGUCAGUAAUUCAGAUUCAGGUGUAAUCGGAUCACCCGCGUCCAGUUGUUCCUUAGGUGUAUCACAAUCACCUAAGCUAACUUAUAACAAAUGGGAACAUCGUCCUCUACAAACAUCAUCUUCAGGAUACUUUGUGAGUAGCAUUUCAACGGAAGGCGAAGAAGAAGAAAUUGGUACAGAAGUGGAACAGGAUGAUAACGAUAAGACGCCAGUACUUUCACGUGAAAAUUCUGAUGUGCAGAAUAAAUCAAUAAGUCCAAUGUGGAAAUGGAAAAAAAGUGAAGAAAAAAGAAAAAUCGAAGAAAAACUAUUCUCACGUGGCCCAUCAAUUUGUUCAAAUUCAUCUAAAAGAAACGCGAUUACUAAUGAUGAAAACAAUGAUAAACGAAAUACAGAGUGGAAGUUUCGACGGGAAUUUGGUACUUCAUCGCCAUGUCGCCGAAAAAUUGAGGGAAGUCCAGCUUCACUUCAUCGAUCAGGUACACUAGAAAGCAGUCCUUCUUCCAACCGAAAAUCUGUUAUAUUUGAUCCAGAAAGUCCAGUAUUAGCACGUAAAAGUUCCACAAUAAGUACAGCAUCGCUACAUUCCGAUUCAACCUUGCAAACAUUAGUACCAACGGAUUUACCGGAAAGUCCAAUUCUGUUACGGCGAGGCAGUUCAAAACGAGCUGACAGAAGCCCAAUAGUACAAAGAAAAACGGCAAAUUCGAUGAUUGAUUCAGGAAUUCAUUUUGCUUCUCCACUUCCGCCUCGUCGAAGAGAACUGGAAGCCCAAGGCCUGAGUUCACCUUUAAAUAGACGAAAAGAUUUAGAAACCAGUUCAUAUUCUCCAGUAAUACGUCGUAAGGAGUCUCUUCUUUCGCAAACUCGACAUGAAUCUUUCAGACGUCAAUCGGAAAAUAGCAAUGGCGAUCCUGGACCAUCCAGUAUCCGAGAUAAUGUAACUCGUAAAUAUUCAUUUCCGGAGGGUAAAAUAUGUUAUGUUGAUGAGGAGAGUACAUAUUAUCAUAGUGCAGAAGGUGAAUUAUUAGAAAGAAAAUCAUUCCAGAUGCCGGUGAUAGCAUCACCAAUCCUUCGUACAAGUAACACUCAUAAUAAAUUACUGGUACGACGUGCAUCGGAACGUAUUGGGAGCGCAGAAGCUGUUGUAUCAAAACUGUUAUCCAGGCAAUCACCGCCACUUAAAUCAGAUGCGAAACAAAGCAGCGUUUCUGUAAUAGAUCUUCAUUCGAUCGCCAGUAAGAGUGAUGCUAACAGUCCUAAAGAUAUCACAGUUAGGUCUAAUCCAGAAAAUCAUAACCGUAAUAGUAAGGUGGAAGUUUACAUUACUUCAAACACCGAAUUUCGUUAUUCAACUGUUAAUGAGAUCAGGAAGGCAGCAGUCAUAAAUGCUAAUAGUAUUCAACCAAAAUUACCAAAGCAGCCAUCGAUUAAAGAAGCUAACAAAUGCAGUAGCACUGAAGCAACUGCGACAUCCGUAAAGAACGAUAUACGAUCACGUGUACCACCUCAACAACGUGAGCCAACAGUUAGUAGUAGCAGCGUUCGAAUUCGGAAGAAAACUCGAAGUAUUCUAAUGGAGCCAUUGGAAGUGAACUGGUCAGUGGAUGAGUUACGUUCCAAAUUUCAAAAAACUUCUGAACCACCACCACUUCUUGAUACUAUUUAUUCCAGUUAUUCAUUGAAAUAAACUUAGAAAAUCAUUAAUUGUUG